CCUUUGCUUCUCAGCUAUUGAAAGACCAUGGGGAAUCCAGUUGUUCGGGAGCUUGCGUUGAGCCCAUAAAAGACACUGACCUGUCUGAACUUUUGUCUGAAACGGAAGCACUCACUAGAGAAAGAGAAUUUGUCGAUAUCGGUAUACAGUGUGAUCUGGAAUUUUAUUGGUUCGAUGUUCUACAAAAAUCUACGGCGAGUGUGGACACACAAGUGGAAGUUGUUACAACUGAGGCCAAGGUCCAAUGUGAGAUCAUCAACCUACCGUCUGUACCCACAUGUUCUACGCCUUUGUGUAGUCCUGUUAAGAAUGUUGGAAAUCACAGCGACGAUGAUCAGAAAGACCUGGACUAUAUUCCAAAAAAUUUAUUUCUCCCUGACGACGUGCUGGAAGAAGAAGCAGAGGAAGAGGAAAACAAACCGAAAAACUUUGAAGAAAAACUUUCGAGGACAUCCUACAAUAAAAAAGGUUCAGAGGGCCCACAAAGUGAAAACAAGUUCAUCGUCUUUUUUUCCUGCUUGAUGCAACUCUUUGAGUUCUGUCCUCUGUGCACUGAGCCUUCUACAUCUGAGGUAUCUAAUGUGGUAGGCACUCUUAUCCACGUCACCCAAAAAUGUUUAAGCUGCAGUUAUGCGCGUGUUUGGAGAAGCCAACCAUACAUUAAAAAGAUACCGGCUGGAAAUCUGUUGCUAUCCGCUGCUAUUCUUUACUCUGGUAGUAUGAUCUCCCAAACCCUAAGAAUGCUGAAAAUUCUGAAGGUCCAGUGUUUUAGCCGCCAGACCUAUCAUAAACAUCAGAAGAACUAUCUCAUACCUGUUGUCAUAAAAAUGUGGAAGGAAGAGCAGGAGAAAUUGGUAGAAAGAGUACGUAAUUUAGGCGGUGGUGUUGUUCUUUCUGGGGAUGGUAGAUCUGACAGCCCAGGUCACAGUGCUAAGUAUGGGGCAUUUACGGUCAUUGAACAAAGGAUCAACAAAGUGUUGGAUGUUCAGCUUGUUCAAUCUAAUGAGGUGCCAAACAGUUCCUGGUGUGAACAUGAGGGCCUUCUUCGUCUGGAGACAUUUCUUGCUGGGAAAAACCUUGACUUGGCUACUAUUAUAACAGACAGAAAUCGUCAAAAUGCAGCCUACAUACGAAGGAAUAUGGCACCCAAAGGAACCAGACAUUAUUAUGACAUCUGGCACAUUGCUAAGGGAAUUGGUAAAAAGAUUGAUGCCCUCGCAAAGCAAAAAGAUUGUGAAAAUGCUGGCCUGUGGAGGAGGUCUAUCAUAAAUCACCUCUACUGGAUGGCUGCAACUGCCACAGAGGGCAAUGGGGACAUGCUAGAGGCUAUGUGGAAAUCACUGACUAACCACAUUCAAGAUGUUCAUGAAGGACAUAGCGAAUUAUAUCCAAAAUGUGCCCAUGGCCAUCUAGAUGAGGAUGAUCGAGACAAGGAGUGGCUCCAACCAUCAUCAAAGGUUUGUGAGAAAUUAACCGACAUCCUACUCAGCAAGUCCUUGUUGAAAGACAUCAGGAUGGUAUCACCUCUCUACCAGACUUCUUCUCUGGAGGCACUUCACAGUCUUGAUAUAAUAUUUGCACCCAAACAUACUGCUUUUGCAUUCUUAGCUAUGUAUGCCAGACUUUUGUUGGCUGCCCUUCACUACAAUGAAAACAGUGAUCGUUUACAGGCAGUGACAAAGGAUGGAAGACCCUGCUACACAAUUAGGUUCCCAAAGUUCAAAAAGGGAGAGUAUUCAGUGCGAAAGGAAAAGACAUCUGCUACUUGUGGUUAUACCGAGGCUUUAAUUGAAAUGUUGUUAUUGGAGUAUGAAGAGGACCAAGGGUCAUUAAAGAAUUCUAUACAGGAUGUAAGGGAAUCCAUGCCAGCCCCACUUGCUGCUUCCUUUGAGAAGCCCUGCAAAGAAACAGCAGUUCAAGAAUAUGUGUCUCGGUUUGCACAGCGGUGAAAGUUCAUUCAAAGAGGUGUGGCGGUUUUAAUCCAGUGUAAGAUGUUCCAAACUCCGCUGGAAAAGUGCUUCGGAUUUUGUUUACAGCACAAGAUGGCAGAGCGACCCUCACAUGUUUGCCAAGAUAACCCCAGCACCAGCGAACGAGUUGUCUGUAGGCAAUGUAGCGAAAUUUCCUGCAGGGAAGACGAGACAACUAGCUGCACCUCUGUAUUAUUGAAUCGAUAGCACAAAAAAACUCCAGGAAAUCGAUCUCAAAAUGUAACAAAUCAGAUAAAAAGCAACACAGCUUACUCGUUUUCGGUGUGAUUAACUGUGCCGUACUGCUGUCUGUACGUGUAAUAGGCGGUCUCCAGCACCCAGACAUCGAGGCAGGUUGACUGAAAACCUGGAUGUUCUGUGAUGCAACUCAGCUGGGUUUCAGGCCUUUGUUCCUCCACUUUUUGCCACACUUGCCCGAUUUCCGUACAACAAACUCUCAUGUGUUGUCAGCAUUGGUUGACAAGUUCCACACUCGCACCUUUGAUAAUUUUAUUUAAAAAACCCACGGAAGCUCAGGUUAAAUAAAAUUUCUCUUGUAUUCUUUUAGACUGAA